GCCUUCUUUCCCCCUUAUCCUUCUCUCUAUCUCUUUCUCUCUUAUCUAUGUCCUUCUUUGAUUCCUCCAUAUAUCCAAAGAGGAAAAAAGGGACAAAUUUUGGAUGAAAAUCUCACAUCUUGGGAGUAUAUGUAAUCCUUAUUUUCUCAUUCUUUUUCCUAGAUUUUAGUCCAGCUUGCCCACAUUAUCAAUGGAGUUGUUGAAACAGUUUUCCUUUAAAAUAAAUAAUAAAUGCAGUGUCUUCGGGGGUUUUCGUUUAUUUUUCCCCUCAUCUUCUUCUUCGUUUCUUCUGUAAGAUAAAUGCAAUGCUUCUGUGAACACUUCCACUGGAAAAUGGUUUUCAAGCGCAGUUUUCUCAUCCGGGUGAAUGCUUUUGAUCGAUGAAACUGGUGGAUAGCUUUCUUUCUGUGCUUUCAGUAUUGAUUUAUUGUCCGGCUUUGCUCUCAUCCUGAUAUGGGUUUUCCGUUAGUUUCUUUUAUUAUUCCACAAAGUUUAAAUCUUUGCUUUGUUAUUAUUAUCAGAAGAAAUGCUUUCCCCCCCUCCUAUUCUUGUGCAAGCUUCGUUGAAAUAUUUAUGGAUAUAUGUUUUUUUUGGCCUAUUUACUCGUUAAUCCCAUCGUUUUCCCUUAUUUGUGGAUCAUGACUUCUUGAUAUUUGCUCUCGGUUUACAUGGAUUCAUAGUCUAUUUUAGGCGGGAUCAUUUGUAUUUACAGUGAAAUUGUUUUCCCCUCUGUGUUCUUCAUUUUUGAAGGAAGAAUAGAUGGAAGAGGAAAGUGAUAUUCGGCGCUGGGACGAGCUAAUACCCGAUGCAUUGGGUCUAAUCUUUAAAAAUCUUUCACUCCGGGAAAUACUGACUGUGAUUCCCAGGGUCUGCAAAUCAUGGGACGAAGCAGUGAAAGGGCCUUAUUGCUGGCAAGAGAUAGACAUUGGAGGAUGGAGUGACCAAUGGCCGGAGCACCUUGAUCGCAUGCUUGAAAUACUAAUCAGAAGAAGCUGCGGUUCCCUCCGCAAGCUCUGCGUUUUCGGUCUCCAAAACGACAGGCUUCUCUCUUUCAUUGCAGAACAUGCUGGUUCUCUUCAGACCCUGCAACUGAUAAGAAGCGAAAUAAGUGAUUCUCUAGUGGAAGAGAUUGCUGGAAGGUUUUCAACACUCACUUUCUUGGAUGUGAGUUGCUGCAAUAAAAUGGGCAGCCGAGCUCUUGAGGCCAUUGGAAAGAACUGCAAAUCGCUUGUGGGGCUGUGCCGGAACAUGCACCCACUAACUACUGCAGGCAAGCUCUCGCAGGAUGAGGAGGCUCACGCCAUUGCCACCACAAUGCCCAAGCUCAAGCACCUUGAGAUGGCUUACCAUCUUCUCAGCACAAAAAGUGUUCUUGAGAUCCUCUCGUGCUGUCCCGAGCUUGAGCUUUUGGAUUUGAGAGGGUGUUGGCAUGUGGAACUUAACGUGAAGUUCCUCAAAGAGAAGUUCCCAAAAUUGAGGGUCUUGGGGCCUGUUGUUGUGGACUACUGUCGGUAUUAUGAAAUGAAUGAAUGUGACGAUUACUCGGACUAUGAUGAGAGUUCAGAUGGAACAUGGGAUGAUGAGGGCGGGCUGGAAGAGCUAGAGGUGCGAUUCUAUGAAGGAUUUGGCGAGCAUCCAGAGUAUGGUAAUCACUGCCCAUCGGGUUCGCAAGUGCUCAAUAUUCUUCUCCAAUUCUCAUCAAACGUCACUCAGAAGAGACAUUCACCAUAUUAUAGCAUAUGGGUCUCAACUCUAGAUAGUCUGCCAACUAGCAGAGUCAACAUAGAAGGCAAAUUCAUCCCCAUCUGACUGGGGUUAAAGAAUUCUCUUACGGCAUCUUUCAGAAAAAUGCUAAUUGACACACUAGGAAUAUAUGGAUGGUAAAAUCGAAGUAGUGCAUUCGGAGUUCAAGCAAUGCCUGAAAAAAUAUUGAACACUUAUGGGCGGCUGGUUGAGACAGAGUACUUGAUGGGUUGGCUUGCCGUGCAGGUUAAUAAAAAUAUAUACAGAGUCCUCAAUGUGCGCGCAUAAACUCGGGAGGCGCAGGCAGAGAUAGUGAGGGGCGCUUAUUUUGUGUGCGCCUAAUGCUCCUAGGAAUGUCUCUCAAACAUGUUCGUUUGUACAUUUGUUUGUGUUUAUAUUAUAUGUUUGUUGUUUGCUAAUCAUGAACUUAGGAGGAAGGGAUUCCAACUUUAUAUUACCUAGUUCACAGUCACAUGAUCACAUGUGAUUCA